GCCGCCUUCCGCUCCCAGUCAUCACUUGCAGUCCGGUGCGUGAUCUGAGACGACGUACGCCCACAAACUCUACCAUACCGCUUGGUACCAUUUCGUUUUGAGCCAGUAACAGCCGAAACACCCAACACACAUUCAAGAUGUCGAUGGAUCCUAUGGGUUUCGUGAAGGACUUCAUGGCUGGCGGUAUCUCCGCCGCCAUCUCCAAGACGGCUGUCGCGCCCAUUGAGCGCGUCAAGCUGCUCCUUCAAGUGCAACACAUCUCCAAGCAGAUCUCCGAGGCACAGCGUUACAAGGGUAUGGUAGAUUGCUUCGUGCGCAUCCCCAAGGAACAGGGUGUACUUGCGUACUGGCGUGGUAACACCGCCAACGUCAUCCGUUACUUCCCAACGCAGGCGUUGAACUUCGCCUUCAAAGACAAGUACAAGGCGAUCUUCCUCAGCGGUGUCGACAAGCGCACUCAAUUCUGGCGUUACUUCGUCGGUAACCUCGCCUCCGGCGGUGCCGCUGGUGCCACCUCUCUGUGCUUCGUCUACCCUCUUGAUUUCGCCCGUACCAGAUUGGCCGCUGAUGUCGGUAAGGCUGGAGGCGAUCGUGAAUUCACCGGUCUCGGCAACUGCUUGGCCAAGAUCUACAAGGCUGAUGGUCUUGGUGGUCUGUACCGUGGUUUCGGUGUAUCCGUACAGGGUAUCAUCAUCUACCGUGCCGCCUUCUUCGGUAUCUACGAUACUGCCAAGGGUAUGCUGCCUGAUCCUAAGAACACACCGUUGGUCAUCUCUUGGGCUAUUGCUCAGACCGUGACGACCAUCUCUGGUAUUAUCUCGUAUCCAUUCGACACCGUGCGUAGGCGUAUGAUGAUGCAGUCUGGCCGCGCCAAGAGCGAGAUCCUGUACAAGAGCACCGCUCACUGCUGGGCCACCAUCGCCAAGACGGAAGGUGGCGCCGCUUUCUUCAAGGGCGCGUUCUCCAACGUGCUCCGCGGUACUGGUGGCGCUAUCGUACUCGUAUUAUACGAUGAGAUCAAGGCGCUGUUCUAAGCGGUUAGUAACAAAAUUUCAUAAAUUAAGCAAAAACCGAUCGUAAGCAAAAGCAAAUUAAGUAAGAAGCCACCAACAACUGAGAGAAACAACCACCGUCAACAUCGCGUCACUGCAAGGUGUUUUAUUUGUAAGGAGCAACAUCGCCGCCGGUCUUCGCCCAUCGGCGGCCGACGUAUUAGUAUGAGAGUUUAAAUUAAUUAACAAACAAAUCAAGCAACAAAAAAAAGCGAAAACUGAAACUAAAAGGCUCAUCGGCGUACGUACACGCACGCGAAAGUACCGUAUUAGUAUUGUAAUGUUAAUCGAAGCAAAUCGAAACGAAUUGAAGUGAAACACAAAAAAUUACACACACGCGUUGUCUAACAUUCCGGAUGUGCUGCAUAUCGCUGUCGAUCCAGCAUCCGUCGUCUUACACACGCCGCAAUCCGAAUGCGAUAUUUUCGCGAUAAAAACCAACUCACGACGCAAGAGCGAAACAAAAAAACAUAAAUUAUAGAUGCAUUAUUUAUUUUUACAACCCCACACACUGCGUGUAGUCUUAACUCCGUUUACUAUGACCGCGUUCGCAAGAAAUAUAAAUCCUACGGCUGCGUCCGGAUUCUCUCGGGCGUUGCUAUUCAUUUCUACAGAAAUUGUGUCCAAUUGAUUUUUCCGGCGCACACCGGAGCGUUCUGUUUCUUUUGAUAGUGAACAUUAUUGUACUGUAAAUAUUGGGAGGCGCUGCCGAACAACAGCGGCGCCAGUCUGUUAUUGUUUAAACAUUGUUGAACCGUAACUGUAUACCUGUGCCGAUAACAUCAGGCAAUGAAAAAAUAAAACAAAAAAAUAGAAACAUUA